AAACUGUGCCUGCCGUAUUAUAUAUACCCAUCUGCCUCUCAUCUUCUUCCUCUUGCUCUGAACCUAAACUCGAUUCUUCCCCAACCUCAUAUCCAAUUCCCUCCCCAAGAUUCUGAUCUCGUCCUUGAUCAUUGAUCAGCCGUCGCUCGCAAAUGGGUCUGUUACCGACGGUGGAGAGCUGGGAGGCCGAGGUGGAGGAGUUCCGCCGCACCGUGGUGGCGUGCGCCGCCUUACACCGGAGGAAGGACGACGAGGGAUUACCCAAAAGCGCUCUUCCUCUGGAAGCUGACGGCGGGGAUGAAGGAACCAUGGUUUGUGUCACAAGCGGCGUUUCCUAUUUGGGUAUGGCUCUAGCCAACCAGCUCCUGCUUCAGGGAUACUCUGUUCGCAUCACUGUGCAUAACUCAGAUGACAUGGAGAAAUUGAGGGAGAUGGAGAGGACGAGAGGAGACAACUUGCAAGUGGUGAUGGCCAACCUCACCGAUGUGCAGAGCCUUCGCACUGCUUUUGACGGCUGUCGUGGCGUUUUUCACACCUCCGCAUUUACCGAUCCUGCCGGCCUCUCUGGCUACACUAAAUCCAUGGCAGAGAUCGAAGUUAGAGCGACUCAGAAUGUGAUGGAAGCAUGCGCUACAACACCUUCCGUGAAGAAAUGCGUCUUCACAUCGUCGCUAUCCGCGUGUUUAUGGCAAGACAAUGCCCGACCUGACGUCCCCUCUGUCAUUAACCACGCCUCCUGGAGCUCUGAAUCCCUCUGCAUUGACAGCAAGCUGUGGUAUGCAUUGGGGAAGACCAGGGCGGAGAAGAGGGCUUGGAAAAUAGCUGCAGAACAGGGUUUGCAGCUCGCUACCAUCUGCCCCGCACUCAUCACGGGCCCUGAAUUUUGCCGCAGAAAUCCAACCGCAACAAUUGCUUAUCUCAAAGGAGCCCAAGAAAUGUAUUCCCAUGGAUUGCUGGCUACUGUGGACGUGGUCAAAGUAGCGGAAGCUCAUGUGUGCGUUUACAAGGCAAUGGACGGGACCGCGUCCGGCAGAUACGUUUGCUUUGACAGAGUGAUUGAUAGCCCACGUGAGGCAGAGAAGCUAGCCAAGCAGACUGGCAUGCCAGUCGACAAGAUAUGCGGCAAUCAAACGCCCGCUCACCCCUACAGGAUUGCCCUCUCAAAUCAGAAACUCUGCAGGCUCAUGUCUAGGCCACUCACGUGCUACAGCCAGUAUUAGAUGAUAAUGAUACUCUGUCACCCCUGUUUUAUUUGUUCGUCACGCCUCUGUAGAAAACGGGGGGAGUCCUGGAUGAGCCUUGCUGCUCGUGUUCCUCGGGUGUAAUAUUUAAUUUAUUUAUAAUUCAUGGUAGUCAUUCAAUUUUGCUUUA